AUGGCUUGCCUGAACAAGCUUGCAAUUCGUGGAAUAAGGUCGUUUGACGAUAAACAGAUAUCAGUCAUUGAGUUCUUCACUCCAGUGACUGUGAUCGUCGGGCCAAAUGGAUCAGGAAAGACUACGGUUAUUGAGUGUCUCAAGUAUGCGACGACGGGAGACCAACCUCCGAAUACUCGUGGCGGCGCCUUUGUGCACGACCCUAAGAUGGCGAAUGAGAAGGAGGUCAAGGCUCAAGUGAAGUUACGUUUCAAUGCGGCGAACGGGACACGUAUGCUGGCUGUGCGCAACCUCUCAGUGACUAUGAAGAAGAACAACACUAUGACUAUGAAGACACUUGAGAGUAUUCUAGCUUUGGCGGACAGCAGUGCGGAAAAGGGUGGGAAGAGAGGCGUCAUAUCAACCAAGUGCGCUGAGAUUGAUACCGAGAUACCUCAUCUCUUGGGUGUUUCCAAAGCUGUCCUUGAGAACGUCAUUUUCUGCCACCAAGAGGAUUCGUACUGGCCACUUGCAGAGCCCUCAAUUCUGAAGAAAAAAUUCGAUGAUAUCUUCGAGGCCACAAGAUAUACCAAGGCGCUCGACGCUAUCAAAGCUCUGCGUAAGGAACGUGUGGCCGAGUUGAAGGCUGAGAAGGAGCGACUUGAGUCUUUGUCAAAGGAGAAAGCUCACGCCGAUAGGCUGAAGUCUCGUCUAUCAGACUUGACCGCCAACAUCGCGUCCAAGGAGAUAGAGUACGACCGGACAAAGAAAGAGUAUGAGCAGCUUGUCCUCGCGAACAAGAAAUUCUACGACUACGCCACUCAGUUCCGAGAAUUGUACCUCAAGAUUGAAAAUCUGGAGCAGAACAGAGACCGAUACAAGAGUGAAUUGGAAGCCGCGAAGGAGAACGUACGAGAAGUCGAAGGUACCGAGGAGGAGCUGCAAGCCCGCCUGAACACGUUCGCCGACCAUAUAGCGCAGCAAAAGGAGCGGGCUAAGCAGGAAGAAAUUAAACGGCAAGACCUUGAGGAGGAACUCGCGGCCGCGAGAAAAGCGCAUGUGCAGCUCAUCAGCCAGCAAGGUAGCCUUGUCGCUGAGCAGAGAGCGCAAGAACAACGUCUAGCCGAUCGCGAGGAGCUCGUACGUGAGCUUAGCACCAAGUACGAGCUGAAGGGCUUCGACUACUCUCCCCUGGAAAAGGAAAAGGUGGCGGAAUUUACUUCGCGACUAAGUGACCUCCUGAGGCGAGAGACCAUGGAGGCCGAGAAGAUCCAGGAAGAGGCGAAUACUAGGAACAAGGAGUAUCAGGAGCGAUCACGGCAGCUGCACGCAGACUUGGAGCGCCUCAGACAGAUGAAGGCUACCUUGCGUAAUCAGAUCUCAACCCUUCAAGCUUCAAUAGCCAGCAAUGAAUCGCAGCUCGACGCUUCUCAGACCAUCAAUGCUGAACUCCGCGGUUUGUCCACUGACAUGGAAGAGAAGAAGACUCGCCUAGAAAAGCUGAAGGCUGACAUCAAGAGCAACAAUUAUGAUGAACGUGUAGCGGAGAAGUCGACAAAGAUUCGCAGUAUGGAGGACCAGAAGGAGGCUCUGAGUCAAGAAUUGAGGUCAUUGAGUCUGCAAGCAGACAUGCGAGCACGACUAGAUAUCAAGAGGACCGAAGAAAAGAGCAAGGCGGCUGAAGUCCGCAAUAUUCUGGAGUCCCAUAAUGCCAAAUUCAGAGCCCUCACUGGUGCCGAUGCAAAUGCUGCUACUAUGGAGCGAGAGCUUGAGCGAGCAUCUAUCGAGAAGGACCGAGAGCUCAUAGAGCUCGAAACACAACAUAAUGCCGCGAAUAGGGAUCUCCAGCAAGCCCAAACAACUCUCUCCACUCUUAAGGUUCAGCUGAAGACGAAACGCGACGAGGUGAAAGUCCUGGAGAAGAAGUUGAAGGAGGGCCUGGAUUUACAUGAUAGCGUGGAUGCCGCCAUCAAAGAAGCCACCAUUGAGCUCAACAUGCGA